AUGCUGUCCAUGAGCGCGGUGUCCGCUAAGCAGGGCGGCUUCAGCCUGCAGGGCGCCCUGCCUGCGGGGAGCGACGCCCUGCGCCGCGCCUGCAUCGCUCACAGCGCCCUCCAGGGCGAGAUCCUGGCUGGCCUGGAGGGAAACGCGCUUCUCGCAGCCGCCGACUCAGCAGCAGCAGCCGCGGUCGGCAAGAGGCAGCAGCAGCAGCACCCGCAUCAUCAUCAUCAGCAUCAUCAUCAGCACCAUCAGCAGCAGCAGCAUCAUCAUCAGCAGCAACACCAUCACCACCUGCUCCCCGCCUUCAAGGGCGACUCCGCCGCAGCCGCCGCCGCGUUCAGCGCCGCCGUGAUGAACACCGCGGUGCCGUGCUCCGCCUCCUCCUCCUCCGCGCACGGCUCCGUGCUGGGCUCGCACCACCACCACCAUCACCACCACCACCACGGCCACCAGGCCCUGGACGGGGACCUCCUGGACCACCUCCCGCACGGACUCUCCUCUCUCUCCGGCGGCAUCGGAGGUGCCGACUCGGCUGCGGCCGCCGCCGCCGCUGCGGCCGCAGCUGCAGCGGCCGCAGCGGCGGCGGCGGCGCACAUCCCCGGGAUGGGCCACAUGCACCCGGCGGCCAUGGGACUGGGGGUCCCGCACGGGAUGGGCCCCCACCACGGGGGCAUGGGGGGAGGCAUGGGCGACAUCGACACGGACCCGCGCGAGCUGGAGGCGUUCGCGGAGCGCUUCAAGCAGCGGCGCAUCAAGCUAGGCGUGACGCAGGCCGACGUGGGCUCGGCGCUGGGCAACCUCAAGAUCCCGGGCGUGGGCUCGUUGAGCCAGAGCACCAUCUGUCGCUUCGAGUCGCUCACGCUGUCGCACAACAACAUGAUCGCGCUCAAGCCCAUCCUGCAGGCGUGGCUCGAGGAGGCCGAGAAGGCGGCGCGCGGCCGUCAGCUCAAGCCUGAGCUGUUCAGCGGCAGCGGCGGCGGCGAGCGGAGGCGCAAGCGCACGGCCAUCGCGGGGCCCGAGCGACGCUCCCUGGAGGCCUACUUCGCCGUGCAGCCGCGGCCCUCGUCCGAGAAGAUCGCGGCCAUCGCCGAGAAGCUGGACCUCAAGAAGAACGUGGUGCGCGUGUGGUUCUGCAACCAGAGACAGAAGCAGAAGCGAAUGAAGUUCGCCGCGUCGCACUGAGUGGGCGCCGUGCCCUGGGGGCAGGGGGGGCGGUGGCGGCGGCGCCCCGGGGGCUUCGCCCACGUUGACAUUUGGUGAUGAUGGCACAAGGUAACCCGACUCCCUCCACCGCGCUCCCACGGCGACUCCCGUCGUCGCACGGCGAGAGAGGCUCGCGGCGCGGGGUUGGAGGGACGGCGCGAGAAGGGCGGCGCUGGU